AUGUGCAAACACUUUCUUUUCUUUCUUUCUUUUUUCUUUCUUUCUUUCUUUCUUUCUUUCUUUCUUUCCUUUCUUUCUUUCUGUCUUACUUCAGUUCCUGCUUUCGUACUUCCCUCCUUGAUUUCUUUCUUCUUUUUAUUUCUAUUUUCUUUUUUCUUCGUUACAUCCCUUCUUUCUUUCUUUCUUUCUUUCUUACUUUCUCUCUUUCUUACAUGCCUUCUUUGUUUCCUUCUUUCUUUCUUACUUUCAUUCCCUCUUUUUUAUUUCCUUUCUUUCUUUCCAUCCUUCCGUCCUUCUUUCUUUCUUUCUUUCUUUUUUACCUUCCUUCUUUUUUUUCAUUCUUUCUUUCUUCUUUUUCUUUCUUUCAUUUUCAUUCAUUCUUUCUUUCUUUUUUCUUCUUUUUUUUCUUUCUUUUCAUUUUUUCUUUUCUUACUUUCUUUCUUUGUUACAUCCCUUCUUUCUUUCUUUCCUUCCUUUUUCCUUCCUUUCUUUCUUUCCUUCCUUUUUCCUUCCUUUCUUUCCUUCCUUCCGUCCUUCUUUCUUUCUUUUUUUACCUUCCUUCUUUUUCCUUUCUUUCUUUCUUUCUUUCUUUCUUUAUUUCUUUCUUUCUAUCUUUCUUUCUUCUUUUUCUUUCUUUCUUUUUCAUUCGUUCUUUCUUUCUUUCUUUUUUAUUCUUUCCUUCGUUCUUUUUCAUUUUUCUUUCUUACUUUCUUUCUUUAUUACAUCCCUUCUUGA